UCAUUUGUUCCUCUUUAUAUACAAUGUCAGAAUUACCUGCAGAACCUGUAUCCUGUGAAGGAUUCUAGCAAACGACAUACACAAACUAUAUGUCGUUUAUACAAUCGUCAUGGAGACACUGACGCAUAUACAUGGUCCUUUCAUGAAAUCUGUGUGUGCACCUUAGUAUAUCUACCCUUUAUUUGAAGAGAUUCCUUCGCUUCCACUUAGCAUACCCAACAUAUCAUACAUUACCCAAGAAAGUCCCUGGUUCCAGAUACAAUCCUCAUUUAUCUAUCCGAAAAUCAUUUACCAGAUGGAGCCGAAACCCUGGUAUCCAGCUGACUAUCGUCAUGCUCUGGGAAAUAUCCUGACUGUCAGUGAAGUGGACCAUUUCUUGAGCAAGGCAGACUGCGGCCCACGUUUCGUCUAUGGCCCACUGAUGAUCCCCACCGUCCUGAAAUACCAUAUCCACAUGGGCCAACAGGUUGAUAUCUCCAAGAACAUGACCCAAGCAACUCUCCAUGGCUAUAGACUCUGUACAUUUGCAGAUUCAAGCCCGCCAGUCAUCAUCCGUUCCACAGAUCCACGGUCCGUGGUCCAAGGAAUGCUGAUAUUCAACUUGAACAAUGAACAACGGAAUUUGAUAUACCACUUCGAAGCAGGUCUAACGGACCUAUGCAGCGUGCAGGUCGAUAUAUGGCAGUGGGACGACGAAUAUACGCGGAGUGUGCGCACAGUUGAUGGAGUUGGCACGUUCCUGUGGAACUCGUCCGCUGAAGACGUGACUCCGUUGGAAAAGACGUCUUGGUCCGUUGACGCUUUCUUGGACAGCGCCUUUUAUGACCAUAUAUGGCGCUCACAAAUGGCCGUUGAGGCUGAGGCACAGUUUUCCUCUGCUGAUCAGGUUGAGGAAAUGUCUGAUUUGCACGUUUCACCAGAGCAACGUUUGAGUCCCGGGAGGAAUCGUAACCGGAUUCGCUCGUCGCUGGAGGAUAUUCCAGAGAUGUAGAUUUGAUCGUCCCUCGUCGAGUUGAUAUGUAUGUGCUCCUCUAUUAUCUGGUCGCAUGAGUUACUAACGACCUCCGCGUUUGGGUUAUGAGACACUGACUACCUUUCUUGUUCACCACAAUAGAGCAGAAGGAGACCUGAAACGGGCCUAUUUUCAGCCAUUUCAGAACACAAUCGCGAAAAUCGGCGCCUGGAGUCUUGUUUUCAUGUUUUUUUUUUUCUUAGAAUCCUUCAACUUUAUGCAUUAUGAUACCUCUGUUUUGUUUAUUUGUCUUGGUUAUGGUCUCUAUUCGACUUCAUUCUGUACUAGUAUCAUCUAGAGCU